GCUCUCCGCUGCUGCUGUCCCCGUCUCCCGCGCGCCUCGCCCCGGCUCGGCUCCGCCGGGCCCAGCGCGCUCCCCCGACGCCGCAGUCCGAGCCGGGCAGCGCCGGGUGCCAGGAUGAAGGUGCUGGGACACAGGCUCGAACUGCUGACAGGGCUCCUGCUGCACGACGUGACCAUGGCCGGGCUGCAAGAGCUGCGAUUCCCCGAAGAGAAGCCGCUGCUCCGGGGCCAGGACGCCACUGAGCUGGAGAACCCUGACACCUUCCUCUCAGCUGUGGACACAGACUGGAAGGAGCAUGACAUUGAGACACCUUACGGUCUUCUGCAUGUGGUGAUCCGGGGCUCCCCCAAGGGGAACCGCCCAGCCAUCAUCACCUACCAUGAUGUGGGCCUCAACCACAAGCUGUGCUUCAACACCUUCUUCAACUUCGAGGACAUGCAGGAGAUAACCAAGCACUUUGUGGUGUGCCACGUGGACGCUCCCGGACAGCAGGUGGGGGCGUCGCAGUUCCCUCAGGGAUACCAGUUCCCCUCCAUGGAGCAGCUGGCAGCCAUGCUUCCCAGUGUGGUGCAGCAUUUUGGGUUCAAGUACGUGAUUGGCAUUGGAGUGGGAGCCGGAGCCUAUGUACUGGCCAAGUUUGCACUUAUCUUCCCGGACCUGGUGGAGGGACUGGUGCUGAUGAACAUCGACCCCAACGGCAAAGGCUGGAUCGACUGGGCUGCCACCAAGCUCUCGGGCCUGACCAGCACUUUACCCGACACUGUGCUCUCCCACCUCUUCAGCCAGGAGGAGCUGGUGAACAAUACUGAGCUGGUGCAGAGCUACAGGCAGCAGAUCGCCAACGUGGUGAACCAGGCCAACCUGCAGCUCUUCUGGAAUAUGUACAACAGCCGAAGAGACCUGGACAUUAACCGGCCUGGAACAGUGCCCAAUGCCAAGACUCUCCGCUGCCCCGUGAUGUUGGUGGUUGGUGAUAAUGCACCUGCUGAGGAUGGGGUGGUCGAGUGCAACUCCAAAUUGGACCCAACCACCACAACCUUCCUGAAGAUGGCAGAUUCUGGGGGGCUCCCCCAAGUCACACAGCCAGGAAAGCUGACUGAGGCCUUCAAAUACUUCCUGCAAGGCAUGGGCUACAUGCCCUCGGCCAGCAUGACACGUCUGGCACGCUCUCGCACUGCAUCCCUCACCAGUGCCAGCUCAGUGGAUGGCAGCCGCCCCCAGGCCUGCACCCACUCAGAAAGCAGUGAGGGGCUAGGCCAGGUCAACCACACCAUGGAGGUGUCCUGCUGAAGCACCAACCAGUUCCACCCAAGACGCCCGCCCCUGUUGAGGGACCCCUGCCAUCUCCCUGCACAUUUUCCCUUUAGUUUAUUUUUGUGAGGGCAAAGGGGAGGAAAUAAGGUUAUUUCUCUUGUUUAAACAAUGAGGGGAUCCAAUUAGAUUCUGAACAGUCUCAGAUGGUUUGAGGGGCUCCUCCUCCCCACCCCACAUCCCUCAGUGUGUUCUCUUGGCUGAUAUGGCCCC